ACACAGACGCAUAUUCAAGGCGAAGAGGUCAAAAUGAAUAUUAGCGACUCGAACAAAGAUGCCAACGAUUCCAAGUCAGAUAAAAGUACAUCGUGGGUAAAAUGGUUCAACAGUAGAGCCCUCAGCAAUUUCCUAGUCGAGGUAGAUAAUGAGUACAUUACAGAUUCUUUUAAUUUAUACGGAUUAAAAUCGGAGAUGCCCAAUUUUAAUCAUUUAUUGUCCAUAGUAGCUGGAGAUGCCCCUGAUGAAGAUGACGCUAAGAACGCAUUUGGAAAGGAUGCCGUCUGUUUAUACUCAUUAAUCCACGCACGAUUUAUUACAACCCCCAAAGGGCUGUCAUUAAUGAAGGAUAAGUAUAUCAAGGGCGAUUUUGGAAGCUGCCCAAGAGUUAGUUGCUCUCAACAUAAUGUACUUCCAAUUGGUCUAUUCGAUCAAAUUAAAAUUGCAAAAGUGCAUAUUUAUUGUCCACUUUGUCAAGAGAUAUACAAAAUACAUGAAGAGGACAAAGUAUAUUUGGAUGGUUCCUUCUUUGGGACAUCCUUUCCUCAUAUACUUUUACAAACCUAUCCUUACUAUGCUACUUUGAAAACUCCUUCUUACUGCACCUCCAAAAUUUUCGGAUUCAGUGUCUACCAAAAUUUUACCAGAACGGAAUAUAAAAUUGCCAAGGGAGAAUUUGGGAAAUUGUCUAGAGAGAAUUUCCUUAAAAAAAUCCAAAGUAUUUAA